AGAGAGAAACAAUAACACGAGCGUGCAACAUCCUUCACAUGGGAGCUUCGGCCACUUGGGGCUGCGGUGCGCUUUUCUUUUCUUCUCUUUUUUUUUGCUUUCGCUCUCUCUUUUUUUUCGAUGCGCAUUUAAGGAGGCGCAACACUUUUAAUCCCAUUAGAAGCUGCUAACGUGCAUGUUCACCUCCCUCUCUCUCCGUGGAGCGGCGCAGGAGUGGCCAAAGCCAAAAGCAGCGAUUCAGAUCAGAUUUCAGCUGGAGAAAGAGAAAGAGAGAGAGGGGGAGAAAGAGAGAGAGUGAGCGUGUGUGCGCGCGCGCGUGUGUGCGUGAGGCAGGCAGGCAGACAGACAGUCAGUCCGUCAGUCACCCUCCUCCCAAAUCUCGAAAAGCUUCACCGAGGAGGCGCGGCGAGAGGAAUCCAGCGGAAUUUCUGCGCGGAUAUUUCCUUCCUAUUUCUUCACCAGCCGUCCCUCUCCCGUCCUGUCCCUCCUCUUCCUCCUCCUCAUCUUCCCCACGAGCUUCUUUUUUUUCUUCUUCUUCUUAUUCUCACAUCUCCCCAAAAUAAAUCAAGAAAAGAGAAUCGAGAUUGAAAAGUUGGAGGCGAGGCAGCAAGGACCGUGGCCGAGGAUGGACGAGCAGCCUCGUUUGAUGCACUCUCACGGGGUAGGGAUGGCCGGACACCCCGGCCUGGCGCAGCAUUUGCCGGAUGGCACCGCGGGGACGGACGGCGAGGGGAGGAAGCAGGACAUCGGAGACAUUUUACAGCAAAUCAUGACCAUCACCGACCAGAGCCUGGACGAAGCGCAGGCGAGGAAACAUGCGUUGAACUGUCACAGAAUGAAACCUGCUCUCUUCAACGUUUUGUGUGAAAUCAAGGAAAAAACAGUGCUCAGUAUUCGCGGCGCCCAGGAGGAAGAACCUCCCGACCCUCAGCUGAUGCGUCUGGACAACAUGCUGCUGGCCGAGGGCGUCGCCGGGCCCGAGAAAGGCGGCGGGUCGGCAGCUGCGGCGGCCGCCGCCGCCGCCACGGGAGGCAUCGGCGCCGACAACUCGGCGGAACACUCCGACUAUCGGGCCAAGCUGACGCAGAUCCGACAGAUUUACCACACGGAGCUGGAGAAGUAUGAACAGGCGUGCAACGAGUUCACCACCCACGUGAUGAACCUGCUGCGGGAGCAGUCUCGGACGCGGCCCAUCUCGCCCAAAGAAAUCGAGCGCAUGGUCAGCAUCAUCCACCGCAAGUUCAGCUCCAUCCAGAUGCAGCUCAAGCAGAGCACCUGCGAGGCCGUCAUGAUCCUGCGCUCGCGUUUCCUCGACGCCAGGCGAAAAAGGAGGAACUUCAACAAACAAGCAACAGAGAUUCUAAACGAGUACUUCUACUCCCAUCUCAGUAACCCUUAUCCCAGUGAAGAGGCCAAAGAAGAGUUGGCUAAGAAAUGCAGCAUCACAGUGUCACAGGUGACCACUGGCAACCCAAAAACUCUUUUGAUACUGUAUAUAUAUUUAGGAAUAUUUACUCUACCGGUCAUCCGAGUGCAACCAAUCACGAAUGUCCAUUCAGCAAAAAGCGUGCGUGUUGUAAUCCGAGCACUGUGUGCGCUGUGUAAAAAGGUCUCCAACUGGUUUGGAAACAAGAGGAUCCGCUACAAGAAAAACAUCGGCAAGUUUCAGGAGGAGGCCAACAUGUACGCGGCCAGGACCGCCGUCAAUGCCACCAGUGUGUCUGCGCACGGCAGCCAGGCCAACUCGCCCUCCACUCCCAAUUCAGCAGGUUCUGCUGGUUCCUUUAACAUGUCAAACUCCGGAGACUUGUUCAUGAGUGUGCAGUCCCUCAAUGGGGACUCGUACCAAGGGGGGCAGGUUGGGGCCAACAUACAAUCCCAGGUGGAUACCCUUCGCCAUGUUAUCAGCCAGACCGGCGGAUACAGUGACAGCCUCGCCGCCAGCCAGAUGUACAGUCCACAGGGCAUCAACACGAACGGCGGCUGGCAAGAUGCUCCGACCCCUUCGUCGGUGACAUCACCCACGGAAGGACCCGGAAGCGUUCAUUCGGACACCUCCAACUGAAUCCGUCCACCCUGCCGCCGUCACCUGUAUAAAAAGCAGAACUGACCUUCACAGUAUUCAAAACAAAGGAGUUGACGAUGCCGCUGUGGGCAGAGGAGGACGAAAAGCCCAAAGCAGAAAGAAAAACAACAGCAACCUUUCCUCUGCUUGUAACCUUGGACAUUUGGGAUACAAACAAUGAAAUUCAAAAUCAGCGGAGAGGUUUGUACAGCGUUCACACACACACACGCACACGUUCUCUUCUAUUGGAUUCCGAGGGCUGGGCUUACUUCUCCAUCAACCGUUUCCACAUCCGGUGCAGCCGACGCUAAAGUAAAUAAACCGGAGCGUCGGUUGCUUUUAGUCGUCGUUCUACUUCUCGGCCACUCCGAGAAGGAAGAAAGUAGAAAAAAACGUCAGUGAUGGGGAUUUGUUUUGCAAAAAGGUGUCUUUGCGAGCAAGAGGCACAUCUUCUUACUUAUUCUACAUUUUGUUGUCUCUCACCUAUUCUAUUCUAUGGUACGCCAUUUUAGACUAAUAUUGCUCAGUUGUUUACAAUGUGUGCUUGAUCCGAGUAUGUCCCCCCCCCCCCCCCCAAACCCCCCUCGCCUGUGUCUCCGGCGUCUUUGAACCCAGUUUGUGUCGGGACAUGUCCGCCUCUAAGGUAACCCUGUGAAGUAUGUUAUCUGUAAAACAAUAAAGAAAUACUUGUCAUCACGUC